ACAGAUGUAAACAUUGCAUUUUGCAUUAUGAAUUGCGAUUGUGAUAAUGGAUUAAAAGUUCGAUUUUCUCGAGUUGAAAAUUAAGUUUUCUUCGAAAGCAGUGAAACAUUGAUGGGGAGUCUUAGCCUUUAUUCAUUCGACGACUCAACAAGCUCAGGAAGUACCAUUGGAAGGAAGUGGCCACAGCUGCAUCAAAUUAAGCGGAUGUCUCCCAGACAUGGGUGAAACUGGUUGUAUUCAUCUGAAAAACUUUAAGGCUGCAAAAGGCGUGGAUCAUUAUGAAACCAUCAGUAGUAUUUUUACAUGGCCCACGUCUCCGAAGUACCGCAAAGCUAAGGCGCUUUGUUGCUUCUGCCACAUCUGUCAGUAUCGUGGCCCCCUCCUGCUGACAUGUUUACACUGCAUUCAUUUUGCUUGCUUCGGUGGAAAGCACAUUCAUGAACACAGCAAAAGCAAGAAACAUUUUCUAGCGGUCAAUGUAUCAUUUGGAAACAUAUUCUGUUUUCAAUGCGGAGAUUAUGUUUACGACAAAGAGUUGUUCCAUAUCAACCAAAAGAACAAAGCCACUGCCUACAAGUCUCUGGGUUUACCGUAUAUCAAUACUUAUAAAGAUCCCUACUCUACUGAAAAGACACUUCUUCGACUAAAUCCUGUGAAAAAACCCGCAACCAACUACGGAGCCGUAGGGCUUAGAGGACUUCUAAAUUUAGGAGAUACCUGUUUUAUCAACUCAAUUGUACAAGCUCUCACCCACACCCCUCUUUUGCGGGACUAUUUCUUGAGCAAAAACCAUGUCUGUCAUUUUGAAGACGAUCGAACAAAGUGCUUAGUCUGUGAAAUCGUUAACUUAUUUCAAGAAUUUUACUCAGGUUUAGAUUCACCUUUGAUUCUUCACCGCUUUCUCCACCUAAUUUGGACACACGCAAGACAUUUAGCAGGAUAUGAACAGCAAGAUGCUCACGAGUUUUUCAUCGCAACGUUGAAUGUUCUUCACCAACAAUGUAAAGAUACAAGCCAAGCACCUAACGGAGACAUUCCCAAGAAUUCUAAUCACUGUACAUGUAUUAUCGAUCAAAUUUUCACGGGAGACUUACAGUCAGACGUUGUUUGUCAAGCUUGCAACGGUGUAUCCACAACAGUUGAUCCAUUCUGGGACAUAUCACUCGACUUAAGCGGUGGUGUUGCAGUUGAAAAAGAGACAAAAGACCAGAAACCUCUGACACUGGCAGACUGUUUGCGGCAGUUUACUCGCCAGGAGCAUUUAGGAUCCAAGAUCAAAUGCAACAAUUGCAAUAGUUAUCAAGAGUCAACAAAGCAGUUGUCCAUGCAAAAACUACCAGUUGUUGCUUGUUUUCAUUUAAAGAGAUUUGAACAUUCAAAAAUCGUGAAAAAGAAAAUUACAACAAGCGUAUCAUUUCCGGAAUUUCUAGACAUGACACCUUUUUUAUCAGAGCAUCGGCAAGCGGUGGCCAAUGGACUUGACUUAUAUCCCCCUCACCUUUCAUCAGAAGAUAACAGGUAUUCUCUGUUUGCUGUGGUGAAUCAUAUAGGAUCUCUAGACUUGGGCCAUUACACUGCCUUUAUACGGCACAAGAAGGAUCAAUGGUUCAAGUGUAACGACGAUCAUAUCACACAAGUCAAGAAGUCAGAUGUUCUUGCCAGUGAAGGGUACUUGUUAUUUUAUCAUAAAAGAAUUUUGGAGUAUGAAUAAGCAACUUCUACUGGGCCCACCUUUGCAAUAACCUCUGGCAGCACUCGAUAUUGCUGUGAAUCUGGUCAUCUGACUGUUAUCUGUCAGCAGUAGUCAAGAAAGCAGGUCUAUCCUAUUCAGAAAUUCUUGUAUUUUCUCAUUUGCUUCGUUUAGGUUGUAAGUCCAAGCAGUGAAUGUGCUCAUUGCCUCCUUCUAAGAAGUAGUGAGUUUCCUGGAGGAAAUAUACAUACUAUUUUUCUAUUUUCUGUUCCUAAUUUUCAUAGUUACUCUGAAAAUUCAAUCAGGGGUGCAAAAAGCGCCUGAUCUCUAUCUAUGGAUCAUACGAAAAAUUGUCAAAGAAUUGUGACAAAACAUGAGGUAAUUUCCAAAAGAUGUAACUUUUUUUAUCCUAGAGUGAAUCGCUCAUUUUCCCUUGGAAUCAGAUAUUUUUUCUAUAGGCAUUAAAGCGUGGGUGUAAGAAACGGUAAGAAUUUUAGAACUUCUUGCACCCCAAAAUUAGCUUGCGAAGCAAGCAACUGCAAGACAAGAAGGCUAAGCCUUUAGUUGUAUGCAGGAGGAAGAAAGCAAUCUGCAUUUACAACUGACGUGCAAAAUUUUGAUUACUGUGAAAAGGAAUCAAAUUUUUUCAUUAUUCAGUUCACUAUCGGUUAGUUUAUUUUAUUAUUUUUCGUGUAGAACGGUAUUAAUUCACAUGGUUGCAUGAUAUUUUAGUAUAAUUUGCCAACAAAUCACUACAUAUUUUUAUAUUGUAUUUCCUUUCAAUCUGUGAAAUGCAUGAUUUGUUUAAUUUAUUUUGUCUUACUACUUCACUCCUGUGAUAGUUCAUGUCUUGACAAAGAUGCUUUAAGUGUUUUUGAAGGUUUGAAAACCCCCAUAUACAUUGGAAGAUUAAAUUGGCCCUUGCUUUGGUAUUUUCUAGUUGCCUAUUUUUGAACAUGUAUAAGUUAACAUGUCGAUGGCUAACGAACAAUAACGCUUAUCUGCAAACUGACGAUUUUGCAGGAUGAAGAGAAAACGUCGCCAUUUUUGUAAUUUUAAUGAUAGAUUUGCAAUUUUUUCAUACAUUACAGCAUUAUAGAAGUGCUCCCUUACAGAAUUGGAAAAAAACUGCAAUCAUCAGCUUGGGUAUUUCAAACUGUAGAAUGCGGCAAAGUCGCUAACUCAUUUUUGCCAAAUUUGUCAAUAAAGCGGUACUGUUUGCUACGCCUCGAUAUACAUCUGAACAUGGAAUAUUUCCUGCAAGAAGCUCUCAGGGUAAUUUUACAUUUUCAUCCACCAAAAUCAGGUAAAAUAUAUCAAUGGCAAAAUGUUAACAGUCUGGCAGACCAUGAGAAUCCUCCUUCGUAGAAUUUUGUAUUUUUGAAAAAAUUUAUCUGUGACAUUUGAAUGGCCGAAAUUAGGGAAAAGCAUUUUUCUUGCUUUCGACUGAUAAGUCUGGGCUUUCCUAUUGCUUAUUACGAUUUAAGUACUUAUCGAAUGUUAAGUCUUUCACUUAGUUGUUCAUUAUCUUUGGAUAUAUACACUAGUGUUAGUAAUUUCAUAAAAAAAAACUAUCUGAACAUUAAUCCUCUUUGUUUAUAAGUUUGCCUGUGAUUUUUCUUUUUCAUUUAUAUUUUUAUUUCGAGUCACAUCUUUAAGGAGUGCAAAAUCGAAAUGAGUUAAGAGAGAAGGGGCAUUUUUUCCCUUUCCCUCUUGUUAUAAUUUUUUUUUUCUUUUUUUUCUACAUCUUUCAUAUUCAUUUAUGAUGUGGUUAAAAACAUUUUACAAAUAAAAUCUUAACAUUGCUAGUAACGAA